AUGUCGAACAUAUAUCCAAGAGCCAGAACUCUUACAAAAAAAAAUGAUCCUCUGCAUAUUAUCAAGACAAGGAAAAUCACGCACAACAGAGCUGUAACUAUCGCUGGGCCCAUGGUGCGCUAUUCUAAAUUGCCGUUUCGUCAGGUUUGUCGUCACUACAACGUCGACAUUGUUUAUACUCCAAUGAUUUUAGCAAGAGAGUUUGUACGUAACUGCCACGCAAGGAUGGCAGAUUUUAGUUCCAACGACAGCGACACUCCGCUGAUUGUACAAGUGGGCGUCAAUAAUGUAACGGAUUUGCUGAGAUUUGUAGAGAUGGUAAGUCCAUACUGCGAUGGUAUCGGAAUCAACUGUGGAUGUCCGAUCAAAGAACAAAUUCGGGAAGGCAUCGGAUCCGCACUGAUUUACAAUCCAGAGCUUCUAUCAAGCAUGGUUUCUGCCGUUAAAGCCAAGUAUGGCGAUACGGUAAGGCUGGAAACUAAGAUCAGAAUACAUGACGAUUGGGAUCAAACCGUGGCGUUGUGCAACCGCUUGUGCGACGCAGGUGUUGAUUGGAUUACCAUCCAUGGCCGAACCAGGACGACCAGAUCAUCCGUUCCUGUCAAUCUCGAUGCCAUUAAAUACAUCACGGAAAAGAUCCAGGACAGAAAUGUGCCAGUUAUUGCAAAUGGCGAUUGCUUUACCAUGCAAGAUUUCCAAAAUAUUUUGGAUUAUACAGGCGUUGACGGUGUCAUGGCCGUCCGGGGACUACUAGACAACCCUGCUUUAUUCUCUGGUCACGACAAGUGCCCUUGGAGUGCUUUGGAGCUGUUCUGGCACUAUGCCAUGGAAUUUGGCGGACUGCCGCAUCAACUACUCUUGCAUCAUUUGCAUUGCAUGCUCGAGAGUAUGGGACUCGAGAAAAGACUACAUAACGAACUAAUGGAAAUGAAGACUACGGCGCAACUGAUAGAUUGGUUUGAUGAGAAGUUCGUCUUGAAAAGAUUGGGAGAAGCUGGUUUUGCAGAAGCAACUAGAAUUCAGUACAAGAACACUUCGAAAGUUUGA